AAGAAGAGAGACGGAGAGUGAAGGCGGAGGAAGAGACCGAGAAAGAGAGAGAGAGAGAUGAUACCGCAGCAAUGGACGCCGCCGUGUGGGAGCAAAUGCACGCAAAAGUACUCAGCUUUUACGCAGAUUGCAUGGAGAGUAUUCUGCAAAAAGGGAUGUGAUGCUGACAGUGACUCAUGGGAAGAUUGUGUAGGAGACUGCAGUGAAAUAUGCUACAAAGAUCCUGUGGUAAAAGACAUACCAUGGACUGCUGUUAUAGAUCGUUCCCCUGGAGAUGCCAAAUACUCUGAGGAAUGUUUUCACGCAUGUGUUGCUGGCUGUGGUUACAAGUUUGAUGUUGAAGCUGAGAAAGUCAAUAAGGUGAAACCAAUCAGACCACCACCACCACCACCAAAGCCACAACCAAUACCACGAUCUCAAAGACCAAUGAAGUCUCCUAGUGAGGAUGUUCCAGCAUCUUCCGCUUGAUAUGAAUCACAAACCACCAUCAAAGGCUAACAAUGGAAACUCCUCAAUUUUUGGUAUCUAACAUGUCAGGGAGUAUUAAUGUUCAAAAGUAGCCAACUCAAAACAAUUGGUCCAUAAGCAUUUUCUUGAUAGUUUGUAAUGGGAGAUUGGAGAGUAUAUUAGUGGGACUCGUCCCGUGGAUGUCCUCAUGAUUUUUUUGGUCACUAAUAACGCAUAUUAAUGAAAUAGAAACAUCACAAACAGCUCGAGUUUAUUACUAAAAUUAAAAAAUUAUUCCCUAUUA